AUGGCCGCUUCCAGGAGCUCAAAGACUAAGAUGAAAGUAUUUUUCCCUAGCCACUGUCUAACUGAGAAUAGUGGAUUGAUCAUUGGAUGGAAGUUAGAAAAGGAAAACAUAUUCGUUGCAGGAACAGUUUUUACUCCGCCAAAGAACUCGUGGAACGUGCAUUCUCUUUGGGAGAUGUUGAAUGGAAGUAACUCGAUUUCCUCGUGUGUUCUUGGUGUCUGGCUGAAUGAAAAUGAAAAUUAUUCGGAGAAUAUAUCAUCUGAAGUGUUGGCUGUAGCGAAGACGAUUUCACUUACUGAAGAUACUAUUAUCUUGCAUCUGCCAAAACAAUGCAGAGUUCCUCGUUUAUUCAUUGUUGGCGAAAAGUUGAAACCAGAUGGUUCUGUGGUAAUUUUGUACAAGCAACCAUCAAGCAAUGCGUAUUUAACUCAUAGACCCCCAGAUGUUAAAACAGAUAAUAUUUGGAACAAAUUAUUACGCCAAGAAGAAAAUCCUCCGACAGAAAUGUCUAAUGUACUUGACUUUAUAAACAAAUCUCGCAUCGAAGAAGGUAACGUCUUUGAACUGCUUGAAACCAGAAGUCAUCCAGCGUAUUGCAGUAAUUUUUUGGAGAUACCUUUUGAAGCUUUAAGAAAGUUUUGUGGAGUUUUUUCUCAAAUUAGGAGUGGAAGGCACUCUGUUUGGGCUAUGAAGAUACUAGACUUCCUGUCGAGUUUAUCAGUAGUUAUUUUACAGUCAUGUGUCCGUUUCAAUCAAGUGAUGGCUUUGUGUACAUGUGUUGCCCACUCGAAAAGUACAGAGGGUGAGCAAAAUUCCACACAGUCCACAAAUUUUUCCAGAAAAGUCACAAAAAAUGAAAAGAAGACUGAUCAAUGCCGAGUGUUUCCAGUGGUAUGGUUUGGCAGUCUGUUCACGGUGGUAUCAAUUGACAUUGUUCUGGGACUGCUCAUUGUCUCUUGGCUCUUUGCGAAUGGCUACAAUGCAUGUGCAACUGAUUUUCUGAUGGAAAAGACCGACACUGUAGUGGAAUUCCUGAGUCAGUUGUUGGAUUGGUUAAAAGGGGCUCCUGCUGGCUUAAAACUGAAUAAACAUCUUGCAGAAUAUCUCAGCAUGUUCUUUUUGUAUCAUAUCUAUCUCUGGCAAAUCUACCUGAGUUGCAUUGAGCCUUAUCUACAAGUGAUCACCAGUUUAAUCAUCAUGUCUGGUUGCUUAGGAGUGACAUUCCUAUUGUCUUUGAUCUCAGAUGUGUUGUCUGUUGUUACUCUUCAUAUUUACUGUUUUUAUGUGUAUGCUGCCAGACUUUACAACUUCCAGCUUAAGAAGCUGAUCACUCUCUUCAGGCUUUUCACUGGUAAGGGAUAUGCUUGGUUUUUUUUUGACACCACAAGAUUUAAGCACUGUAUUAGUAAAACAGUAUUUUAUUAAAACUAACACGUAUGCUGAUAAUUUUCACAUUUCAGGCAACUAAAAGAAAUGCUAACUACUCAAGUGAGGGCUCUUACUUGAGUAGAAUUCUCAUUAGGAUGUCAUUCUGUAAAAUGAAACCAAAUGAGAAAUUUAAGCUUCUAGAGCCCUGACCAACACAUCUUAGAGCAAAAUGUUAUAGUAGAAUACACCAGAGUCAAUGCAAGAAAGGAAAAACAUUUUUUGAGGAUGUAGAGAAAGUGAACUUAGAACUGUCAGAGCAUAAUAGGAUAUCUCUGGAUGUCUCUGAAUAAUUAUGAUUAGGCCCUUUGAGAUAAAUCCUGGCACUAUCAGGACGAAAAAGUCACACCUAUGCCUAAAAAAUGUCAACAGGUAUAAUAAUAAAUUUAGAGAAAGUGAACUGACCAAGCAGAAAAGGUACUUUUCCCCUAUAUCUAUGCUGGUGACUUGUGAUAUCCUUUAUUACUCUUUGAGAAACUGAAGGGGAGUGAAGGGCACACUCUCUUAGUUUGGCUAAGGGAGUGGGAAUUAUUUCAGCUGGAGCACUUACACACAGGCAUUGUCAUUAUGUGAACAUCUCACCAAUUCAGUACCAUUGAAAAAGUCACAUCAACAUCAUCAUCAUCAUCAUCAUCAUCAUGUCCUACGGUGAACAUCAACUCAAUUCAAUUCAGUGCCAUUAAAAAAGUCACAUCAGCAUCAUCAUCAUCAUCAUCAUCAUCAUGUCCUACGGUGACAGGCAUCAACUUGCAAUUCCAUUAGAGUCCCAUCAUACAGUUUACAUUGUUCUGGUACAAGUACAUUGUAGAUGUUGUGAUUCAAUUUUUAUCAUUGUUUUUUAUUUUGGGUAUGGUGAUGAGUUUUUAAGAAAGGAAAAUAAAAGAGGAAAUUAAUUUUGUGUGAAUGGAAUAAAAGUUAUAAGUAAAUAAGUAUAAUUUGAUAUAAUAGAACCAUGGAUAAAAUUGAACUUCAAGACAAUUUUGUUUUUACUUAUAACAUCUUACCAAAUCCUUUUCCACCCUAGGUAGGAGGUGGAAUGUUGAGACAAACCAAAUUGACAUUGUUCCAUUCAAGGCAGACAGACUGUUUGUGGGCACCCUGUGCUUCACAGUGCUGCUGUUCCUGUUGCCAACAACUACUAUGUACUACGUUGUGUUUACUGUGCUGCGGCUCAUUGUAUUGUUUGUUAAAGGCAUUAUUGCCAAAGCUAUUGAUACAAUGAACAGUCUUCCGGUGUUUGCACUGACUAUUGCUUGUGUGAGACCUGACUUAAUACCAGGUAUGUGUGGCAUUAACUGUAGACUUACAAAAGGAAUCGUUUUAGCCUGUAUAGCAGGCGGUUUUUUGGUGUGUUUUUUUAUUUGUGGUUUGUAAAGUAAGAGACAAAGCUAUGGGAAUGCUAUACAGAGCUUGAACAAGAACACGAUGGGGGUAGGGUAAUGUGAAAAGGGCAGAGAGAAAUUGUUGUUUCUCUCACCUGUCACUCCUUUCCCCUACUGUUCUCUCAUUUGAAUGAAAAACACACCAAAAAAACUGCACACCAUGCAGACUAAGCCUGCCUAAGACCUCUUUCAGAAAUACCAGUUUUUAUUAAUUUUUUUAUUUUUUUAUAUGUCUGGUUUUCUGCAAAUGGCCCUUAUGCAUGAUUACAUCAGACGAGCAGAUUUCACCACCAAGUUCCUCGUUUGUAAGCAAAAUUCUUUGCAUCUGCAGUCUUUGUGCAUGGGUGUUCUUUUCAAGUGUAGUGCCUUGGAAAUUCAUCGACAUGUAAAACAUGCACUCUUAUUUACUGAAAACGAGACUUGGUGGUGAAAUGUACUCAUUUGAUAUAGACAUGCAUAAGGGCUAUUGUCUUGUGGUUUGCACCCCAGCUUUGCCACCCACUGUAAUUUUGCAGAUAAUGGACUCAAUCAAUCAUCUCAUUUCUUUCCAGGGGGUGUAAAUUUUGAAUUGCUGGAGUCACCAGAUUCCUCUGAUUCAGGACUCAACAUUUUUCAUGACAGCUUCAUAAGAAAGUUAAGUGGACCCGUACCAUCUGUGUGCCUUCUACUUCGUAACCAACCCCUCCCUAUUACACAGCUCUUGUGCCGCCCACUAAUAGAGAAGUUCCCUGGUUAUGAUGACCACAAACAGGAUUGGUCCACACUGCUGGAAAAAUUAGCAAAAGGAGAAUUGAUUUACCCAUGGGUAAAGCCCAGGCAUUCCAAGUAAAAAUUAUAGACACCACUGUGGUUCAUAAAUAAUUGAGAGGUCCUGCAAAUACUGAAAAAAAAAGCAAUACCCUGGAACUCUGUUCGCCCCUUGUUGAGCCAUGAAAGUUUGGUACUUUUGGCCUAUUAACUCUUGCAAAUUUUGGCG